CUACCAAAAGUGAGGUUAUGGCACAUAAAAUCUUGUAUUAUGUGGUGGUUUUCUUUUUUCAGAUGGAAUUUGUCUAUGUCACCCAUGCUGAAGUACAGUGGUGCGAUCUUGGCUCACUGCAACCUCCGCCUCCUGGCUUCAAGCAAUUCUCUUGCUUCAGCCUUCCUGAGUAGCUGGGACAGCAGGUGUGUGCCACACACCCAGUGAAUUUUUUGUAUUUUUAGUAGAGACAGAGUUUUACUGUGUAAGCCAAGAUGAUCUCGAUCUUCUGACCUCAUCAUCCACUCACCUCAGCCUCCCAAAGUGCUGGUGUUACAGGAUUGAGCCACCUCACUGGCUCAGUUUUCUUUUACAUAAGCCUUUUCAUUUGCUGAAACCAUAGAUUCUAAGUUGCUCUAUCCAAGUGAUAAUUAGAAGAAUGUGAUGGGGCCGGGUUCGGUGGCUCAUGCCUGUAAUCCCAGCACUUUGGGAGACCGAGGCAGGUGGAUCACGAGGUCAAGAGAUCAAGACCAUCCUGGUCAACAUGGUGAAACCCCGUCUCUUCUAAAAAUACAAAAAAAAAAAAAAAAAUAGCUAACCAUGGUGGCGCAUGCCUGUAAUCCCAGCUACUCAGGAGGAUGAGGCAGGAGAAUUGCCUGAACCCGGGAGGCGGAGGUUGCGGUGAGCUGAGAUCGUGUCGUAGCACUCCAGCCUGGGUAACAAGAGCGAAACUCCGUCUUAAAAAAAAAAAAAAGAAAAGAAAAAUGUGAUGUACUUAGUGCAUAAAUUUUAGAAAAUUUCCCUUACUACUAUUGUUAGUUUGAUUGAAUGUGUGUGUAAUUUUAAAAAAAUGUAAACUGAAUAAAUAUGUAUUGAAUCUACAUAUGUAUUGAAAAUGUAAGUUGACAUCACAGAGUACCCUUAGUUCAUGGCAAUGCUUUCUCUGAAAGCAACUGCAGAAAUUUACUCUCUCUUCUUUCUAGUUUGUAAGAACUUGGAGGCCACAGGGGAAAGGGAGUUCUUUGGAUACCAGAUAAGGCAUGAAGCAGAUGUGGUUACAGUAAUUCUGGUAUAAUUCAUUGUAAGGUGAUGAUCUCUAGGAACGUCAUCACCGUGGAGAAACCUGAAAGCUCCCAGCAGCCAGCAACGAAUGAAAGGUGUGGGCGGGACUGCCAACAGGGUGGGGCCUGGUGAGCCAGUGCCUGGGCUCCCGCUUCACAGUGCGCGUGGGGGCGCAUCACGGGGGAGACUCUGAUUGGUUCCUCUGGUUGGAACCUGGGCACGAGGUUGGAACUCUGGUGGUUGGUAGGGCAACCUCCUUCAGUUGAUAGAAAACAGUGGAAGGAGGAGCUCCCUCUGCGCUGUCUUCUCCGCGAUCUCAGCCCUCAGGCUUGUUGUAUCUAGACCCAUUUUAAAUCAAGCAGGUUCGCUUCAGACCAGUCAUCUCAGGGGAGGCAGCUGAGGUGGGGAGUGAGUUGUUAGUGGGGUGCAGCCCCAUCACCAGGGGCUGGCCCUGCCAGGUGCCUGUGUUUGAAAGAGGUGAAGUGCUGAACUCUGCAGACUGGGAGGCAAGGGAAGGUCCAAGUUGCUGGAGAGGAGCCAAGGUGCCCCAUGGGGAACACACUGAGUUGUUGUUUGUGCCCCAAAGUCAGCCGCAGGCGAGGUCUGCGUAGAUGGUCUGAGGAUCUGCCCUUCAGCUCUGACAUCAAUGAGGCGGUGGCAAGCAAAGGUGUGGGCCAAGAUAGAAGGAACAUGUCCAACACCAGCGCCAGACCCAUUUGGGGCCCGAGCUGGCUGUGUGGGGUGGUGUCUGGCAGCUGCGAUGACAUCUAUGAGGCAGUGUCAAGCGUAAGUGCAGACCAAGGCAGAGAAAAGCAGAGGCCGGCCAGAGGGAUCUUGGUGCUCCCCAAUGGCAGACGAAAGCAGAGCCAGUGCAGGGUGCACUGGGCAGAACCGAUCUGCAGCAAUAACAUCAAUGAGGGGGAGGUGGUGGAAGUGCCAGACCCUACUGCCGUGGAGCCUGCCCGGUGGGAUUUGGGAGCCGGCAACGGCCAUGACCUGCAGCACAUCAGCGACCAGGUGAUGCCCAAAGAUAUUGCUUCUUACCAUCCAAGGGCAAGCACACUCUUCCUGAGAAAGUAUCAAAUGCAUGUGCAAGGAAAGAGGAGAAGCUCUCGCCUAUAUUCUAUACCUCCAUGGCAUCUUGGUAGAAAAUACAGCUCGUGUUCCACCAUAUUGCUAGGUAACAGCACAGUCAGUGAGCCUGAUCUCAGCCACAUAUUAGAAAGUGUGACUUUGGCAAUAUAUUACAACAUAAAGCACAGAUAUGCAAAUAGAUCUCUGGCUAUUUUCAAUGAGUCAAUACAUCCACUUUCACAAGAAGAGAUUCCAGGGAAAUCCUUUGAGGACGAUCCCACACACAAAUGCAUUUUCAGUUAUUUCUGUAAUAUUUUUGCAGUCGCAGAACUAACAGCUCCAUGUGCGAUCGUAGCAUUGGUGUACAUUGAACGCCUUUUAACUAAAGCUAACAUCGAUCUUUGUCCUACUAAUUGGAAAAAAAUUGUCCUCGGAGCCAUGCUUCUGGCCUCCAAGGUUUGGAGAGAUCGUGGUCUGUGGAGUGUGGAUGACAGCCAGAAUCCCAAGGAUGUUGCAGUUGAGAAAAUGAGUAAGAUGGAGAAGAGUUUUUUGGAGCUACUCGAGUUUAAAAUUCAUGUGUCUGCCAGUGUUUAUGUGAAAUAUUACUUUGACCUGUGUGCCUUGCCAUACGACCAUGAACUGGAUUUUCAGUUUGGUAUUCUUCACAAACAUAUAGCGCAGAAAUUGAAGGCUAUGUCACGGCUGUGUGAAUACAAAGACCUGCAUCAAGAUGCCGCAGCUAUGACAAGGGCCGUCAGCAUGGAUUUCAUCGGCAUUAGGCAUACUAAUGCCAUCUUAUCUUAAAGAGAGAAAUUAGCAUUAUAAAGUCCUGGACUUGUCAACUAUAGGGACUACAAAAUAUCACUUCUCUGCUGAAAAAGACCAGAAAAAUUAGGAUUUUCUUUUUUUAUCUUUUUUAAAAAAAUUUUUAUUGUUGUUGUUGUUGCUGUUGUUGUUGUUGAUUAGGAUUUUUAUAGAGUGGAGACUUCUUCAAAUAACCACACUGUGAAGCUGGGUGAUGGUGGCAUGAACAGUGGGUGCCAGGUGCUACCUGCCCUUCUUGUUCCACUGAGUCCAGAUGGCAUUCCUAGGGCACCACCUUCUUGAACAACUCUUGGGGAGGAAGAGUGUCAUAUGGACACAGCACAUCGCAGUUCAGAGUCCACAGUCACCCACAGUCCCAAGCAGGUGACAGUCUGAGCUGAGCUGGAAUUCAAACAACUUUGGAAUUGGCUCCAGAUUUGUGAGAGUACCUGGGUUUGGAUCUCUGUCCACUGAGGCACUGAAUGCAUGAUGGCCCAAAACAACAAGUGUGGGAAGAGAGAAUGGCAUGGGGACAAGGCUGUCAUUACUUCAAGUACCAUGGGGGCUCAGGCCUGUUCAUCAAGUCUUUGGAGAGAAUCUGCAUGUGAAAUGAGGCACCCACAUCAUGGUUAUAAAGGGAGAGAUGAAAUCGGUUCAUCUUCCCCCAGGCCUAUAAUGGUCAUGUCAAAACACAGAGUCUUGCUGUGUUGCCAGGCUGGAGUGCAGUGGCAGGAUCUCGGCUCUCUGCAACCUCUGCCUCUGGGGUUCAAGUGACUCUCCUGCCUCAGCCUCCCAAGUAGCUGGGACUACAGGCAUGAACCACCAACCCAGCUAAUUUAUAUAUUCUUAGUAGAGACAAGGUUUCAUCACAGUGGCCAGGACAGUCUUGAUCUCUUGACCUCAUUCUGCCUGCCUCCGCCUCCAUAAGUGCUGGGAUUACAGGCGAGAGCCACCGUGCCUGGCCUCUUGCAUUUACCAUUCACAAUAAUGCAGUUUGGAAUAUCCCACUGUUGAUUUAUUAUUUCCUCCUCCAAACAUAAUCUGUGGCCCUGUAUACAUAAUUGAAUAUUUUUGUGUAUUGAUAUUUUGUGUCUGAAGAUGAAAUAUUAGAUGAAACAUGUUAAAACAUUUCAUGCAAAGCCUUCAGUGGUUGUAGAGUCUACUCUUUGGCGAAUACACGAAUUAAUCUAUUUUAAAUAUUAAAAUUUUUAUUAGAUGUGAUAAUGAUAUUUUUUCUUUUAUCUUCAUUUGUUAGAUAUAGUUACUUACAUUCUUCCAUCAUUAAUGAUAUUGUAUCUUAUAUUUGAUGUAAAAAACUCCUAGAAUAUUUGGAAUUGAUCGUUGAAAUUAAACUGCAAAAUGAGAUUUGCUAAAACCUAGUGAUAAUGUACUCAUAAUGGGUUUAUUAUCUAUUAUCUCUAUCACUGUUAAUUUUUAAAGUUUCCAUGGAAAACUAUACUAAGAACUUAAAAUUUUCUAUAAAACCCUUCAUGCUCUGCACUUUAGCUCCAAUGCAUAAUGAAUAAAGGAAAAUAAAUUCU